AUGCUGACAAUGGGACUGUCACCUUUCUGCCUUUGGAGGAAAACAGUGAAGGAAAAUACCAGAUUAAAAAGUGCAAUAUUUAUCAAAUUCAACUUACACAUAUAAAAGACGAGGAAUGGUCUGUGUCUAUUGUAGCUCCAUUUCCAGAAGACUGGUUUUCAGAUGGAAUUGUGUACCCAAAACUAGCAUGGCUUGGAAAUGAACUUUUGUCGAAACUGGCUAAAUGGUCUGUGAAGCAAAAGCCCAGUGAGUUUAAAAGUACGCUGUCACUCAUUUCUGUAGCACAAUACAGCAGGGUUUAUCAGGACCUUAAAGAAAAGUACAAAGAGAUCGUGAAGGUGUGGCCUGAAGUGACAGAUCCUGAGAAAUUUGUUUAUGAAGAUGUUGCCAUUGCCACUUACUUGCUGAUUCUUUGGGAAGAAGAGAGAAAGGAAAAAAGGCUGACCAAGAAACAGUCAUUUGUAGAUCUUGGAUGUGGAAAUGGUCUGCUGGUCCAUAUUCUAAAUAAUGAAGGGCAUUCAGGUAGAGGAAUUGAUGUGAGGAGAAGAAAAAUAUGGGACAUGUAUGGACCAGAAACUCAUUUAGAGGAAUCUACAAUUGUGCCAGGUGACAGUUAUCUCUUCCCAGAUACUGACUGGCUCAUAGGAAACCAUUCAGAUGAAUUAACACCGUGGAUACCUGUAAUUGCAGCAAGGUCUUCCUAUUCAUGUUGCUACUUUGUGCUGCCAUGUUGCUUCUUUGAUUUCAAUGGAAAAUACAGCCGAAGACAAAGCAAGAAAACUCAGUACAGAGAAUAUCUUGAUUUUGUUGCCCAAGUGGGAUCUGUAUGUGGCUUUCAUGUGGAAGAAGAUUGCCUUAGAAUUCCAUCAACAAAAAGGGUGUGCCUUAUUGGAAAAAAUAGGACCUAUCCGCCUACAGAAUGUGCUCUGAUUGACAAGCAGAUAACACAGUAUGUUAAUAAUCGUCAGACCUGUCCUGUGGUCAUGUGUGGCGGAAGAGUUGGAUUUAAUCAGAAGGAUCGCUCUGAUGGUGUAUGCGAAGAAGCAGGCUCCGAACUUCCUGAAAAUGAGACUGAGACUGCUGGUACAGUUUGGAUGCCUGGAUUUCAACCCAGAGAAAAAGUAGAACAAAUCAGAAAUUGUGCUUCCCUCCCUCGGGAUUUUGUAGAUGAUGUGGUUCUCAAUGUGGCAAACUUGCUGUUAAAUGCAACCCCCCCAAAACCAUGUUCUAAUCUUCAUGGUGGAAAUACGAAUAGCUGGAAUCAAGGAGAAAGCCUUUCCUUGAAAGAAGUAGCAGAACACUUAAAUAAAGAGACUUUAAAAAGGCUAAAGAGUGAGUGUGGGGGCCUGCAGACACUACUCAAGAACAAUCACCAAGUAUUUGAAGUUCUAAAUGGGAGAGUCCAUAUUCGUGACUGGAGAAAGCAGAAACCAUCAAGGAAAACUAAGCCUGAAGUGAAGCGCCGCCUUUCAGCUGAAGCAUUUAAAACACGUCUCUGUUGGUUUUUCAUUCAUCAUCCUGAUGGUUGUUCUUUGCCUUCUGAAUCUUGCCCAUAUGCUCAUGGGACUGAGGAGCUAAGGCAGUCUCAGAUUAUUAAAAAGAAAAAACAUAUACAGGAAUAAAGUGCUGCUAUUUAUGUUUAAGCUUGUGUACAUAAUUGAAUCUAUGACUUUGGGACUGCCUAGUGCAUGAAGAUCUGUACACUAUUGAGGGGUUUUCCCCAUUCCUAUGCAUUCUAUUUUCUAGCUGGUUUACAAUUUCUCUUGUAUUUUUAGUUCUUUAAUUUUUUUAUCAACAUGGAAAAGGUAUAGUAUAUGUAUACUUUUGGA